GGGGUUGGGGUUGGGGGGAAGGGCAUAAAAUAUAAGGGGGUACCGCCAAGAAGAAGAAGAGCUGCAAAAACAGAAGCCAUUUUACCUCCUGCCUUUUUUUUGCCAGCAGCGCCUUCAGAGAAGAAUAAAAAGGGAAGGUAGAAGAAACGGAGAAACUACUCCCACAACCCCCUUCUCUCUAAAACUGGCAACAGUCCACACAUCAUCUCUUUCUCUCUCUCUAGAAAUGGCCCAGCUGGACCAAGAAUUAUGUAGAAGAAAAACCAAAGGAGAGAGAGGGAGGGGGCGAGAGAGAGAGAAAGGGGGAAAGAGAAAGAGAAGGGAAAGAUAGAGAAGAUGUCUUCAAAUGUCCUCCAACCAAACCCACCUCACAAUACCAAAAUAAUAAGCCCACUCUCUGCCCAAACUGCCCUUCUGCAACCCCCCAAAAAAAAUCACAUCUUCAUCAAUGUCUCUAAAGACCAUUUUUCCCGAUUUAUGUGGGCUUUUUUGGGUUUGUCUUGGUCAGACUUUCACAGAGAAAACAGGAAACAAGAACUUUCCCUCUCUCUCCCCCCUCUCCUUUUUCUUCUUCUAUAUCUCUCUCUAUCUCUGUCUCUAUCUCUAUCGCUAUACCUUCCUUACCCUUCCUUUAUUAUUGUUUCUUCCCCUGCCUUUUUCUCCCUAUCCUCAUCUCUCAUCUCCUCUCCUUCCGUCUAGAGAUUCAUCAAUCUUGGCUUGUGGGUUGUGGUUCUUCUUUGUGAUCUCAUGUCGAAAAAGAUGAAGCGGAUGGUUAUGGAGUCUUCUCCUCAUGCUGUGUACGAGGACGCAAAGUCAAGGUUUAAGCACCAGAGUCUUCUGCAGGACUUCCAUGAGUUGCAGAAGGAAACAGAGGCCAUGAAAAAGAAAUUGCUGAGUGUGAACCAGAACAAGCUGACCCUAUUGGCUGAAGUUAGAUUUUUGAGACGGAGGUACAAAUACCUAUUGAAAAACAUGGCUCCUAAAACCCCACCUGAACCAGAGCUUAAGCAACCACAAAAUUCAGCAACUCAACUCAAGAACAUCACAAGGGAUAAGAAUCACAGUGGAAAACAGGCUGCUGCCAUGAGAAACCCAGCUCCAGUUUUUGGCGGGAAUAUGAAGGAAAGGAUUCACAAGGGGAAAGUGGCUGCUUUGCCCAACCCAGAUCCCGGUUAUGAAUUAAACCAGAAAACUAGGGGUUACAGUGGAAAGGAAGCUGCUUUGAGGAACCCGGUUCCUGUUUUUGACUUGAACAAGAUUUCGAGAGAGGAAGAGGAAGUCCAGGUUAAUGUUGAGAGUGCGGGGGUAGAGGAGCAGAAGAAGAGUGUGAUUAGAGGUGGGAAUGAUGAUCAGCACAGUGAUAUGAAAUUAUCUGUUUGUAGAAACAUUGGGAAUGGGCCAAACCGGGCGGGAAAGAGAAAGAUAUCAUGGCAGGAUCAGGUAGCUUUGCGGGUUUGAGUCAUUGUCACCACAAUUGGAGUGGAGGAUGAUGCAAAUUUCAGUGGAGGGGCUUGGAAGUUAUGGUCAAUUCUGAUUCUCUUCCCCUUUCUUUGUAGCUUCUCCUUUCCCUUCUCUUGUUUCCAAUUUUCUUUGUAAAGGAAAAAUAGCUUCAUAUAUUUGCAUAUAACAUGGAAUGGUGGAAAUGAUGCUUAGGAAUUAGGUUC